UCCCCUGACACCCCGAGGGGUGAGGGUCCCCCCUCAUCGUGGGAGCCACCCCCAAGCGCGAGGAGGAGGAAGAGCAAGUGGGUGCCCUGCUCCCCCCCCCCCCCCAAGGUGAUGCCCCCACCGUGGCCCCCAGCCCCGCUGCACACCCUGCAGGAGGAAGAGGAGGAGGAGGAGAACGCCUUGGCCGCGAUGCUGAUGGCCUGGUACAUGAGCGGGUACCACACCGGCUUCUACGUGGGCCUCCAGGAAGGCCGGGCAGAGGCUGCCAAGCCCCCCCUGAGACCAGGCCGCAGGCAGAAGCCCCCACGCAGCUAGGAGGGCAGCUGGAUCCCGUGCCCCGCCGGAGGGGCAGCCGUCGGGCAACGCCGCGCUCCUGCUCUCCCCUCACUUGUGGAGGGAUCCCCCCCACGGGGGUCCUGGCUGCAGGGAUGGGGGGGAGCAGCCUUUCUCCUCCCUGGCCGGCUCUGCAUCAGAGCCCUGGCCCAGGGGGGGCUGCAGCACCCACUUUGUGUCCCCCGCUUUGUCCCCCCCCCCCCCCGUCCCCUCCUUUGGAAUAAAGCUGUUUGUGAGACCCGUGUGCCAGCCUGUCUGUGCUGUCCCCGGAGGGACCCUGGGCUCUGCCAGCGCCGCGCCGGCGGGAGAGACGCGCCGGGAUGAGCCGCGCCGCAGCCGUGUUUGCUCAGGGAAUUGGCAGAGUGGCCUCUGCCUCGCUGUGGGGCUGGGGGGGCUCAGCCCCGGCGGGGGAUUCUGCGCCCGCCGGCUCUCGGGCUGCUCCGGCUGGACGUGGCACUGACGUACAUCCCGACGGCUCCUUGCCGCCGGCUCAGGGCACGUGUGUCCCAGGGGAUACAACUCCCGGGGACGUGUGUCCCCCAUCCAGCUUGAUGACAGCAUCAAGGUUUGGGGGGACACACACGCACCCGCUAAGCGCCCGCUCCCCAUCUGCGUCAGCAGGUGUUUGCCCACGCCGGUGACCGUCGGUGGCUGCGGUGGGGCGGCGGAGGGGGUUAUAAAGCCGGCUGAGUCGGGCGCAUCUGGGAGCAUCCGGAGAAGCAUCUGGCGCCGGGAGCAUGGAAAGCGCCUGGCUCUGCCUGCUCUGCCUGGCCAGCUCCGGCCUCAUCCUGCUGGGCUCCACAGAGCCAGUGCUGGGGCUCCAGCCGGCCGAGAGCCUGCCCGGGCAGAGCCAGGAGGAGACGGAGCUGGUCGAGGCGCUGCAGGAGGUGCUGGAGAAGCUGGGGAGCAGGGAGCUGCCGGCGGUGGAGAAGAGGCUGAGCUGGGUGCCCUUGUGCGAGCCUGGGGACCCCUGCGCGGUGCGGAGGGGGGCACGCAUCGGGAAGCUCUGCAGCUGCCCCCGCGGCACCGCCUGCAACUUGUUCAUCCUCAAGUGCUCCUAAGGGAUCAAGGACACCGGGGGCACCACCAGCCGCCGGGAUGCUGCUGGCCCAGGCUGUGCCCCAUGCAGCGGAGGGGCAGCCGUGGGCCCCCGGCCCCCUCCCCGCACCGGGACAUGCCUGGAUGUGCCCGUACAGCACCCUUGGGUGCCCUGGCCCGUGGGGCUGUGGGUGUCCA